AUGACGAACGUAAGGUUACCUACGGAGUGUUUGUUAAAGAUUUUCGAAAAUUUUAGUCCGGAAUAUCAUUUUUGGAAUGAAGAUUACAAAUUAUUACAUAAGUGUAUAUUAGUCGAUCGAGAAUGGUGCAUUACAGCGGUUUCGAUCCUUUGGAGGGAACCUUUAGAUUGGAUUCACUUUAGCAUUGGCACAAGUCGUAACGAGGAUCGACUCAGCUCGAUAGUGUCAACUUACCUUUCAUGCUUACCCCAAGAGGUCAAAUCAAACCUCAUUCAAGAUGGGAUCGACUUGCCUUUAAAUUACUCCAACCCUUUAUUUGAUUACCCAAAAUUCUUACAAAGUCUCGAUUAUGGAACUUUAUAUAAAUCAAUAAAUGGAUGGUUAAAAAUUACAAGACAACUCAGGGAAUUAAACAAAUUAAAUGUUACGUAUAAAGUCUUUCAGGUAUUUAAUUCACUCGCCAAACUUUUCAUGGAUAAAUGUCAUUUAAAAAGGCUUCACUUUUCCAAAGGGGCAAAGGUGGAUUUUAUUUUACCCUUAACCACUUUACCAAAUGCGAAUAUCUGUUUGGCCAAUUUGACCAAGUUCAUGUGUGAAGGGUGCACGAUGCCCGAGAUCAUGUUUGCGGCGGCAAAGAUUUGUAAAUAUAUCUCGGAAUUUCAAAUAUUUUGCUGUUGUAAAGAUAAUAAAGGGUUGGCGACGCUCAUCGAAUCACAGAAAGUUCCUUUAAAGUAUAUCUUCAUUAAGGCUACGAAGAGUGGGAACUUUCCAUUUUUAGGAAGAGCCUUAAGGAAACGGGUUCAUUCGGUCAGAGAUUUGUGGAUUCAUGGACAUUGUUCAAUGAUGGAUACGUUUAGUACGAGCCAUGAUUUACAACACUUGUUCAUUUAUCCUACCACCAAUACCAUAACCGUGGAUCGAAAAUCCAUGGAGAAAUUCGUCAAUUCGAAAUUCACUCAAUUAAGGGAAUUAGAGAUCUCGUUAAAAGUCAUAACCUUGAAACAACUUUGCACAUUGAUUAGAAAUACGGGAGGAGGUUUUGAAUCGAUCCUAAUAUUAUGGUCAGAACCUCCAGACGUGGAAAAUUUAACCUUGCUUGCAAAAACCGUGAUACAAUAUGGGAAGAACUUAAAUUACUACGAAGCUCCUUUCUCACAUGAGUCAAUUCAUUACUUGCCACUUUUGUUUCAAAGUUGUCAAACAUUGGAAGUGUUACACAUACUUAGUAAAGAGGAGGAGGAAGGGUUCAUAUAUGAUAUUAGUGACAUCUUUUCCAAACUUGGGGAAAUUGUUCCCUUGAGCUUACAAAAAUUCGUGAUAAAUCACACUUGGGAUGUUUCUGCGGAAGCGUUGGAAGCCUUUUUAUUUUAUUGCUCAAAGAGGUUAAAGACGAAAUUGGAUUUUAAUCUUGAUAAUACAACGAGUAUAGUUUGA